UUUCUGUUUAGCUGCAAAACCCUCAACAAUGCCAAACUGCAAGAGCUUGUUAUCCCAAGCCAUAAAGAAAAAGAAGAAGAAAAGCAAAAACAAGCUCAGAAGAAAAUCUGCUUCCAGAAAAGAAAACCCCAUUGAAGAAGAAGAAGAAGAAGAAGAAGAAGAAGAAGAGGAAGAAGGUUUCAGCCUCAAAUCUUCUACUCGAUCACACUCCCAUGGAGUUCAACCUCUGGGCAAUCUCUACCUCAACCCAGGAUCAGUCAACUCCAGAAACACAGGUCUGGGUAAUCUCCAAAUCCUAACUGAUGAGCUUGUUCUUGAUAUUCUCGCCCUUUUGGGUGGGACCCACUUGGGGAUUUUAGCCACAGUGAGCAAAUCUUUUUAUGUCUUUGCAAAUCACGAACCCCUUUGGAGGAAUCUUGUGUUGGAAAAUCUAAAAGGUGGGUUUUUGUAUAACGGGUCUUGGAAAUCUACUUACGUUUCUGCUCAUUACCCUAUGUUUGACAAUGUUGGAUCAUCAUGUUUGAGAGUGAGGGACUUUUAUUCUGAUUAUCUCUUUCAGAGUUGGUUGUGUGCGAAUCUGGAAAUGAAACCUGAAUGGCUUGAGAGGGAUAAUAUAGUUAGAAGAAGAGGAAUUUCGGUUGAAGAGUUCGUGUCUAGUUUUGAGGAACCAAAUAAGCCUGUUUUGUUAGAAGGGUGUCUGGAUAACUGGGCUGCUCUUGAAAAAUGGGAUAGGGACUAUUUGGUUAAGCUCUGUGGGGAUUUGCAGUUUUCGGUAGGGCCUGUGGAGAUGAAGCUUGAGGACUACUUUAGGUACUCGGAUCAGGCAAGGGAAGAGAGGCCGUUGUAUCUAUUUGACCCGAAAUUUGCGGAGAAGGUGCCGAGGUUGGAUUCGGAGUAUGAAGUUCCCGUGUAUUUUAGGGAGGAUUUGUUUGGUUUGUUGGGGAAUGAGAGGCCGGAUUAUAGGUGGAUAAUAAUUGGACCGGCCGGUUCUGGCUCGUCCUUCCACAUUGAUCCUAAUUCGACAUCGGCGUGGAAUGCAAUGAUCAAAGGGUCCAAGAAAUGGGUUUUGUUUCCUCCUGAUGUGGUUCCUCCAGGGGUGCAUCCGAGCCCCGAUGGAGCAGAGGUGGCAUGUCCCGUUUCGAUAAUUGAGUGGUUCAUGAACUUCUAUGGUGCAACCAAAACUUGGAAGAAGAAACCUAUAGAGUGCAUUUGUAAGGCUGGGGAGGUGAUUUUUGUGCCUAAUGGAUGGUGGCAUUUGGUGAUCAACCUUGAGGAAUCUAUUGCCAUUACCCAGAAUUAUGUUAGCAGGAGAAAUUUGUUGAAUGUGUUGGAUUUUCUACAGAGGCCAAAUGCUAGUGCACUGGUAUCUGGGACGAGAGAUCGAGUGAAUUUGUAUGAAAAGUUUAAGAAAACCUUUGAGGCUUGUUUCCCCGGAACUAUUGAUCAGUUGGUGCAGAAAGCAGAGGAGAAAAAGGCCAAAGAAAAAAAACCAUCCUUCUGGGAAUCGGUGACUGAUUCGAAGGCCGGUGCUUUCAAGUUCUCUUUCUAGAGAAACAUCUUCUGGAGACCACAUGAAAGUGAGCAAACCAGACUGGUACUUCUUGUAUCUCUAACCUUUGAAGGGUAUAGCAGAAAUCUCCAUUCUUGCCUCCAACAUCAAAGAAGAUAAACGAAUUGAAACGAAUUCAAGAUGCUUUUCUUGUUCACUCAUUCUUUACAUUUUUUUUUCUCUUUAAAUUGCUGUUUUUAGUUGAUCUAGUGAAUUUGGGGGACAUCGGAUCAUAUCUUCAAUAGUAAAUUUGAAAUUAAAGGCUCUUAUCACAUGUGAAAGUCGUUAAGCUGGUGUGAA